AUGGAGAAGCCUCUUGGAAAAACUGUGCUGCCGCUAAGCAGGGUCAAAAAGAUUAUAAAACAAGACGAGGAUAUCCAUUCCUGUUCCAACGCUUCUGCUCUUUUGGUGUCUGUUGCAACUGAGAUGUUUAUUCAAAAACUUGCAGACCAAUCAUUUCAAUUGGCUAAAUUACAAAAAAGAAAAGGUAUUCAGUAUCGUGACGUUGCUGAUGUUGUUCGCAAAGACGAUCAAUUCGAGUUUUUGUCUGAUUUAUUCUCUCUUUAG